CCCAUCUAACUAACGCAGCGUAGCGCUGUCAGCUAGCAGGCAGACACUGAACAACAGACCAGACCUAUCUAACUCACGCAGCGUAGUCAGCUAGCAGACAGACACUGAACAACAGACCAGACCUAUCUAACUCACGCAGCGUAGUCAGCUAGCAGACAGACACUGAACAACAGACCAGACCUAUCUAACUCACGCAGCGUAGUCAGCUAGCAGACAGACACUGAACAACAGACCAGACCUAUCUAACUCACGCAGCGUAGUCAGCUAGCAGACAGACACUGAACAACAGACCAGACCUAUCUAACUCACGCAGCACUGUCAGCUAAGCAGGCAGACACUGAACAACAGACCAAACCUAUCUAACUCACACAGCGCAGUCAGCUAGCAGACAGACACAUUAGGACUGAACAACAGACCAGACCCAUCUAACUAAUGCCGCGCAGCGCUGUCAGCUAGCAUGGCAGGGACAGAGACUCAGCCUGAUAGUACCAGACAGUCAGGGGAUACUACGACCUGAACAACAGACACACUUCUAAUCAGGAGAAACUACAGCCUGAACAACAGACAGGCACAUUAGGACUUCUUCUAAACCACACAUGGGACUGUAAAUACUUGAUCCGGUCCAGACGAAACAGAACUGAAUCAGAAUGAAGCUCAUCAAGCACAUUCCACUGCUACAGAUCCUGUUCCUUUCACAGAUUGUGGCGAGUGUCGGACUGCAGAGAGCUCCUCGCAUCACAACCCUGCUGGAGACCUUGGACAUCCUCUUGGAUCAAAACGCCACGUUCAUCUGUGAAGUUGACUCCCGACCAACAGCUGAUGUCACGUGGACACGGAACAACCACCCAAUCCCAUACUAUGACUCCCGCUACACGAUCAGGGAGAAUGGCCAGAUGCUAUUGAUCCCCAACGUCAAAGAGUCGGAUAACGGGGAGUACUGCUGUGUUGCUAACAACGGCAUCGGAGAGCCGGCCAAGAGCUGCGGAGCCCUGCAGCUUAAAAUGAAGCCUCAGAUAAAAAGACACCCCACCAACAUGACGCUGCUGAUUGAGUCCAAGGCCGUGUUGCCCUGUGUGACGCUGGGAAACCCCAAACCAGACAUCUCCUGGAUCAAAGAUGAUGCUCUUCUGACGGUGAGUGAUCGGAUCACGAUUCUGGAUUAUGGCACUCUGAAGAUCCAUAACAUCAAGAAGGAAGACGCGGGGCAGUACCGCUGUGUGGCCAAGAACAGCUUCGGGAUCGCCUUCUCCAAACCAGUCACAAUAGAAGUACAGGCCCCAGCCCGGAUCCUCAGGGUCCCUAAGGAUAAGAGAGUGACCUUCGGUAGCGAGGUCUCUCUGGAGUGUAACGCCACUGGAAACCCUAUCCCCGCCAUCACAUGGUUGGAGAACGGGAAUACAGUUCCGGGUGGCUCUGUGGAGGAGACGUUAGCAGGAGAGGUGAUUCUGUCUGUGCUACACAUCACGGUGACUAAACCUGCUCGCUACACAUGUCUAGCCUCCAACAGACACAGCGCUGGGGCCAAGUCUGCCAAAUCUUCAGCCGGAGUCACUGUCCAAGAGUGGAGGCUGUAUAAAGGCAGUGGGGGUUAUUGUGGUGCAUACCGUGGUAAUGUGUGUCGGGACAUGUUAAGGAGCGAUGCCCUGGUCUUCUUUAACUCCUCCCUCAACGACCCCGAGGACACACAGGAGUUCAUGGUUCAGAGCGCCUGGGCGGAUCUCGACAGACUGGGCAUGCUCUGUAGCCCUGCCGCCCACUCCCUGCUCUGUCAUCUCUCCUUCCAGGACUGCAUCCCUUCUGGCCUGGGACCUGUUCCUAAACCAAUCUGCAGGGAGCACUGUCUGGCAGUGAAGGAGCUCUACUGUCGUAAGGAGUGGCCCCUGAUGGUAGGGAACUCCCAUAAAGGCCAGUACUCCUCUGGCUUCUCUAUCCCCAUGCCUGACUGUAUGGCUCUGCCCUCACAUCACACAACACCAGGAGCCUGCACACCCAUCCCCUUUGUCGAUAUAAAGAAAGAUCAAGUCACGACAACGUGUUACAAUGACAAAGGAAGGUUCUACCAAGGACCAGUCAACAUCACCGGCUCUGGUAUUCCCUGUCAGAAGUGGAGCCAACAGGGUCCCCACCUGCACCGUCUCAGUGUGGAUGUAUUAUCAGAGCUGAGGAACGCACAGAGCUCGUGCCGGAACCCCGGAGGAGAAAAUGAGAAGCCCUGGUGUUAUACAACCAACCCCAACAUCCGCUGGGAAUACUGCAACAUUCCCAAAUGUGGAGAAGUGGUAGUGAAGACGGAGUCAUCGUUCCCUCGCCAGAAUCCUCCCCUCCUCCCUCCCUCCGUCUCGCCGGCCUACUCUAUGAUCAUCAUCAUCUGUCUACUAGCAGCCUUCGCAGCCAUAGCGUUCCUCAUCAUCAUGUGCAAGAGGAGGAGGAAGACAUGGAAGAACCACAAGACAGCCAUGGAGACCCCCACCCUGACUGCCUUACCCUCUGAGAGUCUGCUGCUGGAUCGCCUCCACCCCAACCCCAUGUACCAGCGCCUGCCCCUACUGCUUAACUCCAAGCUGCUGGCUCUAGAGUAUCCCAGGAACAACAUUGAGUAUGUCAGGGACAUCGGAGAGGGGGCCUUCGGACGGGUCUUCCAGGCCAGAGCCCCAGGUCUCCAGCCCAUUAAGCCCUUCACCAUGGUAGCAGUUAAGAUGCUGAAGGAAGAAGCAUCUGCUGACAUGCAGAACGACUUUCAGAGAGAAGCCGCUCUCAUGGCUGAGUUUGACCACCCCAACAUCGUCAGGCUGCUAGGUGUGUGUGCGGUGGGGAAGCCCAUGUGUCUGAUGUUUGAGUACAUGUCUUACGGAGACCUGAACGAGUACCUGCGCCGCCGAAGUCCCACCCAGCAACACAGCCUGAGCCAGGCCAGCCUAUCAGGACGCAGCUUCUCCUCCGAACUGGAGUUGGGGCCACUGUGCUGCGAAGAACAGCUGUUCAUAUCCAAGCAGGUUGCGGCGGGCAUGGCAUACCUAUCGGAACGGAAGUUCGUCCACCGCGACCUGGCCACCCGGAACUGCCUCGUAGGAGAAGAGAUGGUGGUUAAGAUCGCCGACUUCGGUUUAUCCAGAAACAUCUACUCUGCUGACUACUACAAGGCCAAUGAGAACGAUGCUAUCCCCAUCCGCUGGAUGCCCCCGGAGUCCAUCUUCUACAACCGUUACACCACGGAGUCGGACGUGUGGGCCUACGGGGUCCUUCUCUGGGAGAUCUUCUCCCACGGCAUGCAGCCUUACUACGGCAUGGCCCAUGAAGAGGUCAUCUACUACGUUAGAGACGGCCACAUCUUGGCCUGCCCUGAGAACUGUCCUGUAGAACUGUUCAAUCUGAUGAGACUGUGUUGGAGCGGACACCCCACAGACAGACCCAGCUUCAGUAGUAUCCAUCGUAUCCUGGAACGGAUUCACGAGCAGACGCUGAGACCGGCCAUGCCGACGCCAGAGUUAAGGCCCACUCUAUCCACCCUGCCAACCUUGCCUGCCUUGCCUAACCUAUCUCCCUUUUCCCCCCACCCUGCCCUGUGCCCUAUGCCCGGGGCCGUAGCCAAUUGAUUGAUACGGCAAGCUGCCAGGCAUUUACUCAAAUGUACAGUCAUUAGUGAUUUUAAUAGAUCCUGUCCCUCCCCAGAGCUAAAAUCUCUGGAUCCUGUCUCGUCUCAGACUCAAAUAAUGUUGGUCAGGACAGGGAGCAUCAUUGUUCAUAUCCACUGAUUCAUGGUGAAGAAGACCAGCGAUAGUAUAAAUGAAUGUUGUUGGUCAGGACAGGGGCAGCAGACUGAUGAAAUGACAUGAACUAAGUAUAGUGCCAAGACAACUGGAUAUUUAGGAGAGGCUGAUAUCGGAGAGGAAGUCGUGAUUACGAGCUGUUAAUCCUCCACUGCUUUCCCUCAAACUGACAUCUGCUUCACUGGUUCACUUCUGUUUCAAACUGAUUCACUGCUUCAAACGGGUUCACUUCUGUUUCAAACUGAUUCACUGCUUCAAACUGGUUCACUUCUGUUUCAAACGGAUUCACUGCUUCACGUCUCCCAUGCCUGGAAACAAUAUUUUAGAAACAAUCACCUGAUAAAGUCCAAGAAACAGAGCUGCAGCUGAACAGAGACCGUGUUAAUCCACAUGUAACUCAUUGCCCAUACUCUAUAUAAACGUGAAUGUUUCUACUGUGAAGUAAGCCAUGGGAAUAUGCAUCCAUUCAGCUGCCACAUCUGUGAGCUCAAAGCUGACUAGAAGGGUAUCAUUAGAGGCAGAUUACAGACGUUAGAGAGCUAAUGUACAGAUAGUACAGUCAAUUCAUUCAGUACUUCACUAGUAGAGUCAAUUCAUUCAGUACAUAACUAGUACAGUCAAUUCAUUCAGUACAUAACUAGUACAGUCAAUUCAUUCAGUACAUCAUUUAAACAUACUGACAAUAUGCCAUCAAAUAGGCUCAGCAUAUUCCAGCAGCGAUAU